AUGACUUCAAGCCUACCACCACUGAGUGAACUGGUGGGAUUAUUUCCAGAAGACACCCGCGGCCCAGCAUACAAUCUUGCCUACGUCUACGCCGGAGUAGCGCUGCUCGCAUUUGCCCAAGAGAAAAAGACAUCGUACCUGUGGCAAGAAAUCGCCAACGCGCACGCCACCGACGAGAGCGCCCAAGCGACCGUGGCGCGACGACUGCGAGAAGGGCUGCUGAAAGCUAGUCCGCUGGUCGGCUUCCCACGCAGUAUCAACGGCCUUUCUGCUCUUCUGGAAUCUACGCGGCGCACUUCCCCCACGCUGGCUGCUAGCCUGGAGCAGGAUGCCUCGCUCCGCUCGCCUGUGCCCAAGGCCGAGCGCCAGCAGCGCGGCAAAGCCUUCUUCAGCAGGAUCUAUGCGCAGCAUACCGACCGCGUGCUCCAUGCCAUGAACGCUUCAUCGGGUGGCGACCUGGGUGAGUUUGCCAUCACGUGUAUCUACGGCGACCUCAUGGCCGAGGAGAGUAUCUUAGAUGCAAAAGAGACGGGCCUGCUUGAGUUUGUGGCGUGCUUUGCGUGUCAGGCGGAGAGGCAAGCUAAGGGGCAUAUGUAUGGAGCAAGGAAUUUGGGCGCUUCGGGAAAAGAAAUUACGGGUACGGUUGACUUGGUGAUCCGUGUUGCAAAAGCGCUUGGAGUCGAUUUUGAUAUUGCGGGCAUGGAGUUCGUAGAAAAGGCGAAAGGGUGGUAG